UCUGUUUGGUUUUUUGUUUUGCCAGGACUCGGGGGUUGGGGAUAUCGAUCCAAACACUUCCUUUACCUCCUUUAUUUCUUUGCCCCCAUCCGCUCCCACCAUCUCCUGGAUGGUGCAGAAGCGUGGAAAUUGUGGUUCACGUGAGGAGGACCGUUCUCCUUGGGGCGGGUGGAGGGCUGGGGUAAGCAUUCACAUGGAUCUCGGAUAUUUUGAUGCUAUUUAAAGAUUUGUCCUCCCCUUUCAUAGUUGUUUCUCCCCCCUUGCGGAGGAGCUGUGUUUUUAACCCGAGCUAAAAAUGACAUACGAGCUGCAAAACAGAAGCCUGCACGUCCUUUACGGACUUGAACUUCCAGCUUUUCUCCUUUCUAUUAUCGGCUUUUCUCUCCUUUUCUUUCUCUUCCUUCUUUAUUUAUGAGACGUUCCUUCUUUUUUUUUUUUUUUUUUUCCCUUUUCUCUUCUUACAACUCCAUUUUCAGUGUUUUAGGAUCCCAAAAGCUUUCUCUGUUUCCUCCCAAGGCCAUAACAGAAAUGAACCUGAUGUUUAUAUUUGUCUAAAUGGAUCGAAACAAGUUCAGCGCAGGGAGAGACUAAGCUUCUCUCGAGGCCGAGACUAUAAAGUCUCAGUGCAAAGCCGAGGAUUAGGGUAUGGUUGUUAUAGUUGGCUUUUGGGAGGGAACCUAUAAAAGUCUAGCAUUUUUGAGAUUAUCGUAGCGCCGCGGGAAUUGUUCGAUAAAUCGCGAGCCGGGCAGGACUAUGAGGGCCGAGUCUCAGACAGGUGCACAGUCGGUCCAGUUCAGUAAGUCCGAGGUCAGCUGAGAAACAGACUCCUGAGCCAGCGUCGGGCUCGGGGCCCCAGGGCUGAGGCAGCUCCGCGGCUGAGCCCGGCUGCGGGCGGCCGGGCCCGCGGAUGCGCCGCCGUACACUGCCUGUCCCCGGGGCUGCCACCGCAAAGGUUUGACCCCCACCCGCAGCCGUGCGUGAUGUGACCGUGGGAAGCGAGGAGUACAGAGAGGAGAAAUCCUCCCUGUCGCCGGGAGAGAGAGAGGGAGGACGAUUUGCUCUUGCGCACGGGACGUUUCUCUGUGCCUCCACUGGACGUUUCUCUAGGGAGAAAGCGAGGGUGAAUCCUGUGCUAGGGACCUUUCUGCAUCCGAGGGGGGUUACAAAGACACAUAUCCAAUACCCUCAAACCUACCGAAAAACUUGUGCAGGGAGAAGGUGGAGGAGCUUGGCCCUUGCGGCCCGUGGCCUCGUAACCCGCUGUCCCUCCAGGGGCUGGACCCGGGGAUUUUUGCUGUUGUUUUGGAUAAAGGCUGCCCCGGGCAGUGUAGCGAUCGCUGGUGCAGUCGGAUCCCGGUUAUUAAUUAUAAUUAUUAUUUGCGAGACUAAAAUCCACCGCAUUCACCCGCGCUCGCAAUGGUGGUCUGGGGGGACUUGUCAACACCGAUUUCGUGAUAAAAUGUGAAUGAUGAUUUUAUAAGGAUUGAGCGGAGAUAUCCAAGGCACAUGCUGACUGAAUCCUUCCAGUCCUCAUUAAUGUUAGCAAUUAACUCUUUCACGCUCAAUUAGCCCCGAAUAAACCUGCUUUAAUAGAUUUUGCACACUUCAUUAAUACUUUGAAUAAAUGGGUACUGAACAAUGCACUUUAUUCCUCAAGAGCACCACGCUCGAAUAAUGCUGAGCGAAAGGGCAGUUUUAUUCCCUUUCCAAUUAGUUUCCCAAAAAGAGAUAAAUUGUAAGCUCUAUUUCCUCGCUCUAACUUUAGGAAGGGAAAGUUUCCUUCCCUCAAAGGGGACAAAAUAAAUAGCCGACCUAGUGGCAAAAUGCUGCACCAGACUUCAAAAGAUUCAGGCAAAACUGGGAGACUUUUUUGACAGAUGAACCUGAUUGCUGUAGUUUGAGGCUCUCGCAGGAAUGCAUCAUUUUAUGUCCGCUACUUUGUCAUGUUUGUAAAAAUAAGCAGAGUUUUCAGGGUAAUUUACCUCCUCCAUUCUUCCAUGUGGAACUAAUUAGAAAACCUCAUUAUUUAUGAGUCAGGUAUUUAAUGUAACAAAUAUCCCUUUCAAAGGACACAUCGGAAAUUGAUAAUUCAAUGUAAAAAGGAAAAAUACCGACUACCCACAAGAUUACUUAAAAAUCCAUUUAAUUUCACCUCUUGCUAUGCUACCAACGGAAAGCUGCAUUGAUUUUUUUUAUAUUUUUUUUUUUUAGGCAUAUAGAGUAGGUAGAAUUUAAUCUAGAAGGUUAAGAUUACAACGGUCUUAAAACAAUGGCAACUGGACAAUAGCAUUACCGUAUCUUCAAACAGGACAAAGGGUAAGAAAGCUGGAGACAGAUGUAGUCUUUCAAGUUUAUGAUCCUAUUUUGCAGAGUAAAUUUAUCUUGGCAUGAGUGGGUUUUGUUUCAGUCAGAACACAAGUGAUUUGUUCUUAAUUACUCACCGAGCUACUAUGUGUUAAAAAAGAAAAACCCGCACGGUUUUUUGCUAUAGGAGAAUUCAAAUAGAGAGCUCUCGGGGUCUUCUUCUGGCUUUUUUUUUUUUUUUUUUUUUUUUUUUUUUUUUAAAAAAUAAAAGACCUGAUAACGAUCUGUUUACAUGAAGCAGAAUUAAAGGUGGAGGUGACACCGAAAUCAAAGAAACAUUGAUCUCUCUGCCGGCAAGCGGGAGACCAGAGAGUUACUGUGCUGUGAAACACGUUUGCUUUGAUGUCCCGGAGUGAGGGGGCUUCUUUAUAAAAUACCCUGCUCUUCAUCUGUAUUUUUGACUAUCCCGGUCGUACAGCGCAAAAGUGUAGUUUACAUUUCUGGAAAAGUGCCAAGAAACUUGUAGUAACGUGAAAAUUCUGCUCCCACCUCGUCCUUUCCCUUUUCUUUUCUUCUCUCUUUUUUAUUUUUUUGCCUUGUUCUCUUUCUUUUUCUUUUUCAUCUUUUUUCCCCCCUCUUGAUUUAACAGAACUUCUCUAACAAAAAAACAACAAAAAAAGGCAGCAAACAAAAAAAUUCCGUGAGUGCAAUGGAUGUUAUUAUGACCCAAUUGUAUUUCUCCUUGAUUUGUGCCCCACUCUUCGUUUGGGGAAUUGAUUGAAAGAGAAUUUUUUAAAUGUUAUUGAUCAAGAAUUUGCCCACAUUGACAUAGCAGAUUUUUUGCUUAUAUGCUUAAAUAUCUUAUAUUCAAUAAUUUCUAAGGAUAUGAAGAAGGAAAGAAGUAUAAACCCAGAACUUUACUUCAUUCGCAGUAGCCUGUUUCAUGCUUGAGAUCUAGAGCUAUCUAGAUAGGAAAAUAGACACGGAGCCACUGUGAUGGACAGAAACAGACAUUUUCAGGUACCCAGACAAGAGAGUUUUCUGUGCACUUUGUUUUUGGGGUCAUUGACAGAGGCAUUUGUGCUGUGAUGUGGACACACUUAGCACAUAGGCAGCACUAACUAAGUAGGAGUAUAUCUCCUGCAGAAAAACAAAACAGUCUGGUUGGUUCAUCAGACUUAAAUCGUUUAUUAAAAAAAAAAAAAAAAAAAAAAAAAAAGAAAGAGGAAAAGGAGGAGAAUUGAGAAUAUAGUGUAUGCAUUUUUCAGUCAGCCACUAUCCAAGAUGCAUCCAAUUGAAAAAGGAAAAAUGACAAAAUCUCUUAUUCUGGGUCAUUGCAAUGGAAUUCCUCUAAGGUUUGAACCUCUCUUCCUGCUGCUGAUUUAUGUAAAGCAGUGUGAAAGGUGGACCCAGAGUACAGAGCUGUUCAGAGUAAGCUUCUCAUCUCACACCCUCCCAGCCCCAGCUCCUCUGUCCAGGCAAUAGCCUACAUAUAAAUCAGAUUUGUUUCCCUGGUCUUUAGACCUCUUCCACCACCACUUUCCACCCCCACCCCCCCACUUCCAGCCCAGAGGGACAAUUGCUGCUCUGCAGUACUUUGCUGGCUCCAUUUCUCCAAAGGGGUAUUACUCUCCACAUGGGCAUGAACUCUAGUCUGAGUACUGUGCGGACUCCGACAGGAUCUUGUGGGGAACCUACGGUGACUCAGCAGGAAGCCUAUAGGGAUCUUACGAAGACCCUAUGUGGAUCCUGCAGAAAUCCUGCAGCAAAUCUGCGAGGAUCUUGUGAACAUCCUGUGGGGACUUCAUGGGGAUUCUGCCAGAAAACAACCCCAUUGAAGGCAAAUUCCAAAGUUCCUCAGGGCACAAAAUAUUUUCCUCCCCUGUUCCCAAGAUCCUCCUCCUGAGCGGCCACCAUGGGAAGUAAAACCCUGCCAGCCCCCGUGCCUAUCCAUCCUUCCCUCCAGCUUACCAACUACUCCUUCCUGCAAGCAUUCAAUGGGCUGCCCGCUGUGCCCUCCGACCACCUCUCCAACCUCUACGGCUUCAGUGCCCUGCACGCUGUGCACCUGCACCAGUGGACUCUGGGGUACCCAGCCAUGCACCUGCCCCGCUCCUCCUUCUCCAAAGUGCCCAGCGUCUCGAGCCUGGUGGAUGCACGAUUCCAGCUGCCAACCUUCCCACUCUUUCCACAUGUCAUCCAACCCAAGCAAGAGGCUACCAAUGUGACCCUCAAAGCCAAACCCCGCUUUGACUUUGCCAACUUAGCAGUGGCUGCCACACAAGAGGACCACUCCAAACUGGGACAGGCAGACAGUCAGGGCUCACCUGCAGGGCUGGGGUCUUUGCUUGAGGUGACUAAACUCUCUCCAGAGAAGAAACCCACUCGGGGAAGGUUACCGUCCAAAACCAAGAAGGAGUUUGUGUGUAAAUUCUGCGGCAGGCACUUCACCAAGUCCUACAACCUUUUGAUCCAUGAAAGAACCCACACAGAUGAACGGCCCUACACAUGUGACAUUUGUCACAAGGCCUUCCGAAGACAGGAUCACCUGAGGGAUCACAGAUAUAUCCAUUCUAAAGAAAAGCCUUUUAAGUGUCAAGAAUGUGGGAAAGGAUUUUGCCAGUCCAGAACACUAGCGGUCCACAAGACACUGCACACGCAAGUAAAGGAACUGAAACCUGCCAAACUUAAGUGUUGAAUAUCCAACUUCUAUGAACUAUUCUUCCCCUUCAGACUUUACACCAAAACCAGAGCAGAAACAAAACUUUCAGGAUGGGAGCACUGGACUUUGUGCUUUGUUGUUGUUUGUACUUUAAAAAGGGCAAAAUCCGCACCCCUGCAAUCCCCCAUCCAAGCAUUUAACUUCCUAAGCCGUGGGUAAAAAGAUUAUUUUGAAUUUAAAAUAUACAUGAAUGAUACAGAGAGUGCUAGCUGACUUAUGCGGCUUUGAUAAACUUUAUGCCAAAAGGUGGUGCUCAUGUGUUGGACAGGAAUCUCUCUCAAGCCAAACAAAACCCCACAAGACACCUCUUCCCAAUCCCUCUCCCCCCAAAAAAACCCAAAAUCAUAGCUUCCAAAAGUAUUACUUAAAAAAAUCCAACCUCUUAUUUUAUACUUUUUUUUGACUGUAUAAAGCUUCUUAUUUUUACACUUCAGGAAAUACAGAGAAUUCCAGAAGAAAAUUAAGAACUGAAAUGGUGGUUUCUCGUCACAGCACCAUUAGGACAAGGAGAAGGGCAACUUGCAAAUCUCUUUUGCUGGUUUGUUUUCAGAAAAGGAGAAGGAAGAUUAAUGUUUGGAAAUGACCUAAUUCUCUCAAGUGGGGAAUCCUAUCGUGCAGUAGAAAAUGCAGACCCACAGGUCCCUGGUGUUCGUGACAGAUCAAUGUUGAUGGGAUAUGGAGACCUUUUCAAUUACUUUGUGGUCUAGUGCGCUGUGAGGAAGUUUGUAACUCGUGGACUUAUUUAAAAAAAAACAGAAGAAAGAAAGAAAGAUGGCAGUACAUCAGACUGACGGUAUGCACAACGUGGUUUUAGUGGUACUUUAAAGUCUUCGUGUGUCCUGGUGUGAGAGAACAAAUCUCAACUUGAGAGCAUAUUUUUUUAAAUGCUGGCUUUCUGAACAGUGUAUUCAAAUUAAGAGACAUUCCAAUAAGUUUUGUUUAUUAAAGAAAAAAAAAAGUUGUAUGGCUGUUUGGCACUUUAUGCUGAUUAUUGGUAAUUGACAUUUAUCACUGGAUUGUGUGUGGUUUUUAAGUAUUAAAAUAAAUUGUUAUUUUACAGGCAAA